AUGUAUUUCAACGCCCAAACAAAUUUUAUGGACAUUAUGAAUAAGAUGUUAUGGUCAUUCCUGGAUUUAUUUGUAGUAGUGUUUAUAGAAGAUAUACUAGUGUAUUCCACGAAUGCCAAAGGCCUUCAUGAGGGUCAUUUGAGAUUAGUAUUCGGAGAGCUCAAGGACCAUCAAUUGUUCAUAUGUAUCAAGUGUGAGUUCUGGUUAAAGGAAGUGAGGUUCUUUGGUCAUAGGUUUGUGAAAGGGUUUUCUAGGUUAUCCAAUCCUCUCACAGAAUUAAUCAAGAAGAAUUUUAAUUUCAUUUGGAUUGAUAAGUGUGAGAGCAAUUUCGAGGAAUUGAAACGGAGAGACCUUAGUCAAUUACAAAAUCAAGCAAAAGGAAAUAUGAUGAGUCCUUUGCACAGUUUUAAAUUGUUUAUGGUCUUGACUCUCUGCAUGGGUCAAUCAUUGGUCACCCCUUCAUUGAUUCCCAAGUAUCACGUUCACAUUAUAAAUGGGUUCCAAAACGAAACCCUAGGAGCUCAUUGUAAAUCCAAAGAUGACGAUCUUGGCAUCCAGCAAAUCCCUGUUCAUGGGGAUUUUGAGUGGCAUUUUCAUGUCAACUUUAUUGGCAGCACACUUUUCUUCUGCCGCUUGUGGUGGUCGGGUGGAGAUAAAGUCUUCGAUGCAUUUGUUGCUGCAGAUAAGAGGUUCAUCAAUAAUGACUGUGGCCCUUCAGAUUGCUGGUGGAAAGCUCUAGAGGAUGGGAUUUACCUUUAUAGUAUUAAACAUGAAGAAUACCGACGCAAGUAUCUGUGGGAACCAAAAAAAAUCUGAGGCAAAGAUUAUAGAGGGAUGGUUCUUGUUUGUUUUUGCUUUACAAUAAAUAAGCCUAUGAAAUUAAAGUACUUUGGCCCUACUUUCUCUUUAAUAUAAAUCCUCCGCAUGAGAUUUUAGAUUUUAUACUCUUUAUUUUUUGUUAUGGCAUUCAAUUAUGCUAGCUCUAUGUUCUCGUGUGGGCAAAAGUAAAAGCCUGGACGUUCCUAAAUACAAAGAGUAGUAAAUCAAGGGGGAUUACUAUAUUGACCGGCACUUCUUUGGGUCUGUGUGGCUCUCCAGCAGCUUUUUGGUUCCAUCAAUG